AUGGGCCCAGCACUGCUUACCGCUCUCUCUCCUGGCCUGGUAAGAUGGAUGCUCAUCUUGUCUGUCACAAAGCUCCCCCUUGCUCGUGGUUUCACGGAAGAGACCCGAGCAACGGAGCAACGCGAGCCUUGUCACGAUUUCACGAGAGAGCUGCCGGGAUGCCAUGCGGGGGACAAUGGUAAGCUGGUGGCCUCUCGCCCAACCUCUCAGCAUGAUGAUGAGAUGAGAUCCACUGAUCUGAUCCACAACAGCAACCAGGAUGAAGCUGGAUGGAUGAUGGCCGGCCCGCUCCAUUGGCUCCCGCCGUACCCUCUCAGUUCAGUGGCCUUUAAAUUAAUCCCCGGCCAGUCAGUUGAGCGUCCAGGAAGGGUCCACCAGCUCAAUAGAGCGAAAGCUUUGCAGAGGUUCAUGACGCUACGCCGUAACUACCGGAACGAGGCAACCCAUCGACUCUCUUUGCCUGUGGGUGCCUGGAUACGCUGCUCGCUGCUAUACCGCCCUCUCACCUCCGCCGGUCGAACCAGCCGGGUUCAGCUGGCUGUGGGAUGCGCAUUGUUGGAGAGCGGCGAAUCAUGCUCAUUGUUUGAGGCUGGCCAAGGCUGGGCGGGGUUGUCCAAGAAGUGA